CGCAUGUACGUCCAUCUUUGGAGACAUGGCCCCAUGAAAAUAGUCCAAUCAACUUUUGCUUUCACUCUUGCUCCGACCCUGUGGCGUGAUUCUACUGCUAGCUAGCUCAGUGUCGUAGAUCAAGUGGCCUGCCGCAAAGCAACAGCUGAAGUUUGCCCAAACUCAAGACUCAAGACUCAAGAGUCAAGAGUUGUUUGUAGUGUAUCAACAUUCGAUUUGAUUUUUAGAACGAACUUAAUUUCAGACCGCACCUGUUUUGACGAUCUACACAACUUUUCAUCAAGAUGACGGAAGUUGUUAUUGUGUCUGCUGCAAGAACUCCUGUCGGGUCUUUCAAUGGAGCUCUCUCUAGUUUUACUGCUGAUGAUUUAGGUGGUGUUGCAAUCAAGGAAGCUCUCAGCAGGGCUGGUGUUGCUGGGGAGGAAGUGUCGGAGGUUAUUCUGGGCCAGGUGCUCUCUGCAGCACAAGGUCAGAACCCAGCACGCCAGGCAUCUGUGAAGGCAGGGAUUCCCUUCAGUGUCCCCGCUCAUGGCGUCAACAUGCUGUGUGGCUCGGGGCUCCGGGCUGUGGUGCUGGGAGCUCAGGCCGUGCGACUUGGGGAUGCCAAGAUUGUGGUGGCUGGAGGGCAGGAGAGUAUGAGUAAGGCUCCUCACUGUGUUCAUAUCCGUGGUGGGACGAAGUUUGGGGAUGCCACCAUGACUGACUCCAUGAUGUGUGAUGGGCUGACUGAUGCCUUCAACAAAUACCACAUGGGCAUCACUGCUGAAAAUGUGGCUAAACAGUGGAACAUUCCUCGAGAUGAACAGGACAGAUUUGCUGUGACAUCUCAACAGCGGUGUGAAAACGCUCAGAAAAAUGGGAGGUUUGAUGCAGAAAUUGUUCCAGUUGUAGUCCAGUCAAGAGCAGGGCCAUCAGAAGUGAAGAAAGAUGAAUUUCCUCGCGCUGGUUGUACUAUUGAAGGUCUUCAAAAGUUGCGACCCGCAUUUGUAAAAGAUGGGACUGGAACUGUCACUGCUGGCAAUGCUUCAGGUAUCAAUGACGGAGCAGCGGCUGUUGUGAUCACCAGCAAGACAGAGGCAGAGAGCCGUGGGCUCAAACCUCUGGCCCGCAUCGUGUCGUGGGCCCAGGCGGGUGUGGAUCCCUCCAUCAUGGGCACCGGGCCCAUCCCCGCCACCAGGAAGGCUCUGGAGAACGCUGGCUGGCAAGUGUCAGAUGUUGAUCUAUUUGAGCUGAACGAAGCCUUCGCGGCGCAGUCACUUGCAGUGGUCAAAGACUUGGGCUGUGACCCGGAAAAGGUGAAUGUGUAUGGUGGCGCUAUCGCUAUCGGACAUCCCAUUGGUGCAUCAGGUGCCCGGAUCCUCACAACACUCCUGUAUGCAUUGCGGUCACAGAACAAGAGGAAGGGUGUGGCUGCUCUCUGUGUGGGAGGGGGCAUGGGCAUCGCUGUGUGUGUGGAGAACUUGCAAGCUAGUUAAUCAAAAUAUAUGCAGGCUAAGAUCCUAUGUUGUAACAUGACUGAUUUGUCUAUUAUUUAUUGAUAUAUUUUUUUUUCAGUCCUCAAUACCUUCAUUUUUUCUCAGUGGGUAAGGGUGACAACAGCCAUAGAAUCACAUCUGCUUUUGUGUGCAGUGUCUUGGCGAGUAUUGUGUUCUUUCGUUGGUACGUGUGGGGCGGUGAGGCUACACACAGCAGCUGAGUUGUCCCUUGUAUGUUAUUGGUGUUGGACAUAAAUGGGCCCACUCCGAAAUUGUCUAAAACCUGAUUUUUUAUAGUGUGUUCUUAACCCUUAAAAUCCUAUACCGCUGGUAACCGCUCACGCCGUAUUUUCCUAUACCGCUGGUAACCGCUGGUCGACUUUAUCGUUUAAUUCCUAGUGCUAGAAACAGGGGAUGUAACUUCAGAUGACUCUGUUGCGAGCAGAAAGUACCGAUAAUGUAAUGAGAGAAGUUCUACACCGAAAGUUAGGAAAUUUGGCGAGUUUUUA